AUGUGGCCGCUCCCGGUUCUGUUUCUUCUCAUCAUCCAAGGCUACUUCUCCAAAUGCCAAGACGGGGUGGUGAGAGGCACAGCAACGGGCACACUGACCACACACUGUGUGUAUGGCCCAGGAUGGGAAUCCUACAACAAGUGGUGGUGCCGUGGAGAAAACUGGAUGUCCUGCAAGAUCCUUGUAAAAACCACCGGGUCAGAGCAACUGGUGAAGAAGGGCAGAGCCUCCAUCCAGGACAAUCCCAGCCGACGCACAUUCACCAUGACUUUGGAGGAUCUCCGGUACGACGAUGCAGGCACCUACUGGUGUGGGAUUGAGAGAAUCGGUUCAGACCUGGGGUUCAAAUUUUCUGUGAUUAUUGACCCAGAACCGGAUCCAACAGACUCUCCCAAGCCUGUGCCAAGCACCACACCAGCCAGUUGGGACUCCUCACCUCCGUUUACCCAGGGCACCAAUAGUAGCCAGCCCGUGACUCUGAUCAACCCCAUCAGCAGGUCGGGGAAGAUGGCCUCCUCUGUAGCAGCCAAGAAGCCUCCUGUGUGGACCCUCCUGCUGCCUCUUUGCCUUGCGACCCUGGAGGGGCUCUGCCAAAGAUGA